AUGCUGUCUAUGCUCUCCGGCGCACACACUCCUCAGUCAGGAGGCGCUUCUCCUGGUGGCAGCCAAACUGGAGCCACGACACCAAUUGAGACACAUCUCGAACAAACCCAACAUGCCCCGAUACAACAAUCAACAAAACCUCGCAAACGCAUCGUCGUCGCCAUGACCGGAGCUACGGGCGCGAUUCUCGGUAUCAAAGUCCUCCUCGCCCUCCGCCGUCUCAACAUCGAAACUCAUCUUGUCAUGAGCAAAUGGGCCGAAGCAACGAUCAAAUACGAAACGGACUACCACCCGUCCAAUGUCAGAGCACUGGCUGACCAUGUCCACAAUAUCAAUGAUAUGGCAGCCCCCGUGUCGAGCGGGUCAUUCAAGACUGACGGCAUGAUCGUCGUUCCUUGCAGCAUGAAAACGCUUGCAGCGAUCCACAGCGGAUUCUGUGACGAUCUUAUCUCUCGUACUGCCGAUGUGAUGCUCAAGGAACGACGCAAGCUGGUGCUCGUCGCUCGGGAAACACCUCUAAGCGAUAUCCAUCUUCGGAAUAUGUUGGAAAUCACGCGUAGCGGGGCUAUCAUCUUCCCCCCUGUGCCCGCAUAUUACAUCCGAGCUGCCUCGGUCGAUGACCUGGUCGAUCAGAGUGUCGGUCGAAUGUUGGACCUGUUCGAUCUGGAUACGGGGGAUUUCACCAGAUGGGAAGGUUGGGAGAAAUAA